AGCGGCGGCGGCGGCGGCGGCGGCGGCCACAGCGACGGCGACGGGCCGGGAGCAAGAUGGCGCUGCGGCCGGGAACGGGAGCUGGCGGCGGCGGGGCCUCGGGAACCGGCGCGGGGGCCGCGGGAGGAGGCAGCUUCAUGUUUCCUGUUUCAGGUGGAAUAAGACCGCCUCAAGCAGGCCUCAUGCCAAUGCAGCAACAAGGAUUUCCUAUGGUCUCUGUCAUGCAGCCUAAUAUGCAAGGCAUGAUGGGAAUGAAUUAUGGCUCUCAAAUGUCCCAAGGACCCAUUGCUAUGCAGGCAGGAAUACCAAUGGGCCCAAUGCCAGCUGCUGGAAUGCCUUACCUGGGACAAGCACCAUUCCUGGGAAUGCGUCCUCCAGGCCCACAAUAUACUCCAGACAUGCAGAAGCAAUUUGCAGAAGAGCAACAGAAACGAUUUGAACAGCAGCAAAAACUCUUAGAGGAAGAAAGAAAAAGACGCCAGUUUGAAGAACAAAAGCAAAAGCUCAGACUUCUAAGUAGUGUGAAACCCAAGACAGGAGAGAAGAGUAGAGAUGAUGCUUUGGAGGCCAUAAAAGGAAACUUAGAUGGAUUUUCCAGAGACGCAAAGAUGCACCCUACUCCAGUAUCACACCCUAAGAAAUCAGAUUGUCCCACAUCAUCUCAUCCUACUAAAACUGUCUCCCCACCAUCCGCCUUUCUUGAUGAAGAUGAAUUCAGUGACUUUAUGCAGGGCCCUGUGGAAGUUCCCAUCUGUGGGCCACCUUCCACAGCCCAGCCCUUUCAAUCUUUCCAUACCACCACCCCACUUGGCCAGUUGCAAUCACAGAAGGCUGGAGUACAGCCUCCCCCUCCAACUCAGAUUCCAGUGUCUGUUGCCUUACAUGGUGUCCCUGGGCAAAUUCCCUAUUACGCCACUGCUUCAGCUUCACACAUUAUGCAGAAAGCAGGCCCUUCCUUGGAGGAGAAGCUCCUAGUGUCUUGUGCUAUCAAUACAUCUGGGCAGGAACAAGUUAAAUUAAGUACUUCUGAAGUUGGGCACAAAGCCUUAGACCCAGGUUCCAGUAAGAACUGUCUCAGUUUAACGGCCAGUAACGGGGUUGCUGUAGAUGGAUGUGUAAAUGGUACCACCCCUGCAGAGGCAGAAAAGACUUCAGACCUAACACGGUCCAUUGAAGAGAGUGGUGUGGGAGUAUUUCCCUCACAGGAUCCAGUUCAGCCCAGAAUGCCUCCUUGGAUUUACAACGAGAAUUUGGUUCCAGAUGCCUAUAAGAAAAUUUUUGAAACCACAAUGACUCCAACUGGAAUAGAUACUGCUAAACUUUAUCCCAUUCUGAUGUCAUCUGGACUUCCCAGGGAAACACUUGGACAGAUAUGGGCCUUAGCUAAUCGAACUACACCUGGCAAACUUACUAAAGAAGAACUUUAUACUGUUCUUGCCAUGAUAGCAGUAACACAGAGAGGUGUUCCUGCCAUGAGUCCUGAUGCUUUAAAUCAGUUCCCAGCAGCCCCUAUUCCAACUCUGAGUGGCUUUUCUAUGCCUCUGCCUACUCCAGUGAGUCAGCCUCCUGUGAUACCUUCAGCUCCUGCAGGCUCUGUGCCCCUUAACCUUGGACAGCCAGUCAUGGGCAUUAACCUUGUUGGACCAGUGAGUGGAGCUGCAGCACCGGCUUCCAGUGGCUUCAUGCCAACGUACCCAGCAAAUCAGGUGGGAAAACCGGAAGAAGAUGACUUUCAAGAUUUUCAAGAUGCUUCUAAAUCAGGAUCCCUGGAUGAUUCAUUCACUGAUUUUCAAGAGAUGCCUGCUUCUUCAAAAACAAGUCAUUCUCAGCAUGGAAACAGUACCUCAUCUUUGUUGAUGCCACUUCCUGGAACAAAAGCAGUGACUUCAGUAGAUAAAUAUGCUGUAUUUAAAGGAAUUGCAGCUGAAAAAUCCUCUGAAAAUACUGUUCCAUUUGGAGAACCUGGUGAUAAGUAUAGUGCUUUCAGAGAACUUGAACAGACAACAGAGAGUAAAUCUGUAGGAGACAGCUUUGCAGAAUUCAGGUCUACAGGAAUCGAUGAUGGCUUCACAGAUUUUAAGACAGCCGAUAGUAUUUCACCACUAGAGCCGCCGACAAAAGACACAACUUUUCCAGCAUCUUUCCCCUCAGGAACUACACAACUGAAACAACAAACGCAAGUGAAAAGUCCUCUGAACCUUGCAGACCUGGAUAUGUUUUCCUCUGUUAAUUGUAGCAGUGAGAAAGCAUUGCCUUUUUCGGCUGCAUUUAGCACAUCCAAAUUAGCUUCUGCACGACCUCAGCCAGUGGUUUCUGCCACAACUACAACAACACUGGUAUCCACUAAAACUUCUAAUUUGGCUGAUGAUUUUGGAGAAUUCAACCUUUUUGGGGAAUAUUCGAGUCCAGCAUCUGUUGGGGAACAGGAUGACUUUGCAGAUUUUAUGGCUUUCAGUAAUAACGCCAUUUCAUCUGAGCAAAAGGCAGAUGACAAAUAUGAUGUCGUUAGGGACGAAACUAGUCCUGUGCCUCUCACCAGCAACUCAGGCAGCACAGCAAAGAGUGCACAGAACUCAACUGCAGCAUCUACCAAGUAUGAUGUAUUCAAGCAACUUUCCCUUGAAGGAGCUGGACUAGGUGUAGAAGAGUUGAAAGAUAACACUCCUUCUGGAAAAAGUGAAGAUGAUUUUGCUGACUUCCACUCCAGUAAAUUUUCAUCCAUGAACUCCGACAAAUCCCUGGGAGAGAAAGCAGUGGCUUUCAGACACACCAAAGAAGACUCUGCUUCGGUGAAGUCCCUGGAUCUCCCUUCCAUUGGUGGCAGCAGUGUCGGCAAGGAGGACUCUGAAGAUGCACUUUCUGUUCAGUUUGACAUGAAAUUGGCUGAUGUGGGAGGAGAUCUUAAACAUGUCAUGUCUGAUAGCUCUUUGGAUUUGCCAACAGUUAGUGGCCAGCACCCUCCUGCUGCAGAUAUAGAGGACUUAAAAUAUGCUGCUUUUGGGAGCUACGGUAGCAAUCUUGCAGUGAGCACACUUACGAGCAGUGACUGGUCAGACAGGGAUGACACAUCUCAGGGCAGAAAACUCUCUCCAUUUGUCCUCUCAGCAGGAAGUGGAUCCUCAGCAGCCUCAGUUCUUCUAAAGAAAGAGACAUCGUUUGGCAGUUCUGAAAACAUCACCAUGACAUCUCUCUCCAAAGUAACGACUUUUACAAGUGAAGAUGCUCUUCCUGAGACUCCCUUUCCAGCUUUUACCAGUUUUAAAGAUAUGAUUCCUCAGACCAGUGAACAAAAGGAGUAUGAAAGUGGGGACUACAAAGAUUUUGCUAGACAGGAUCUGCCUGUAGUUGAACAGAGCCAAGAGGCUACAUGCCCAAGCCCAGCGUCCAGUGCCACCUCUCAUGAAACUCCCAAAGAAUGUUCAGAUGACUUUGGAGAGUUUCAGAGUGAAAAGCCGAAGAUCAGCAAAUUUGACUUUUUAGUAGCCACUUCACAAGGCAAAGUGAAAUCCAGUGAAGAAAUGAUCAAAAGUGAGCUUGCAACCUUUGACCUUUCUGUUCAAGGAUCACACAAGAGGAGUCUGAGCCUCGGUGAUAAAGAAAUAAACCGGUCCUCACCUUCUCCAGCCCUGGAGCAGCCUUUCAGAGACCGUUCCAACACUCUGAGUGAGAAGCCUGCUCUACCUGUCAUCCGUGACAAGUACAAAGAUCUAACUGGAGAGGUAGAGGAAAAUGAGAGAUAUGCAUAUGAGUGGCAGAGAUGCCUGGGGAGUGCUCUGGAUGUCAUUAAGAAGGCAAAUGACACCUUAAAUGGAAUUAGCAGUAGUGCUGUUUGUACAGAAGUUAUUCAGUCAGCUCAAGGCAUGGAAUAUUUAUUAGGAGUGGUAGAAGUAUACCGAGUAACCAAACGUGUGGAGCUGGGGAUCAAAGCCACUGCAGUGUGCAGUGAGAAACUCCAGCAGCUGCUAAAGGACAUCGAUAAAGUCUGGAAUAACUUAAUCGGCUUCAUGUCACUUGCCACUCUCACACCCGAUGAAAAUUCGCUGGAUUUUUCCUCCUGUAUGCUGCGGCCUGGGAUUAAAAAUGCUCAGGAACUUGCUUGUGGGGUGUGCCUCUUAAACGUGGAUUCAAGGAGCCGGAAAGAAGAGAAGCCUGCUGAAGGACAUCCUAAAAAAGCUUUCAACUCAGAAACAGACAGUUUCAAGCUGGCCUAUGGAGGACACCAGUAUCACGCCAGCUGUGCCAACUUCUGGAUCAACUGUGUUGAACCAAAGCCUCCUGGCCUCAUCCUACCUGAUUUGCUCUGAAAAGCUCUUCUGUGAGGCACCAGCUUGUUUUAUCUUUUGUGGGGUUUUUUCUGUCACACCCUUUGUUGGUGACUGACAGGGACCAAUAAACAGAAUGCAAGGACUGUGAAGUUCACUUCCAAAAGUCUGCAUGAAGAAUUCCCCAGGAGAGUGGAGCGGAGGACACAGUGGCAGGCCAGGUGACCUGCUAAUCCCCACUGCCCAUCGUGGGAUUUGAGGUGAAGCUGUCCUGCCCAAACUACAGGUAGCACCAAAGUUUGUUCAAUUCUUUCUAGGCUUGUUUUCUUUUUAGGACUCACAAAGCUCUAACCCUCUUAAGAUGCUGUAAAAUAUGGACCAGUUUUAAGGAAUAAUUUGCUGCUGCAGUUUUGAGACUGUGAAGGAUUGACAUUUGAAGAAAAAUAGAUUCUUUUUGGAGGACUGCAAUUUGGCAAGACUGUUUGGAGCCAGUGCUUAUUUUUAUCUGAAGUCUUAAGUCCUGUGAAGUAGAAUGCAUUUCUCUGCAUUUCACUGAGUAUGUUUGAAAUGAAUAAAAGGGGAAAUGGUGAUUAAA